GCAAGGGUCAGCCUCCUUGGACUAGGUCCUGCCUAGCCAAGCCUGGGUAAGUCACACUCUCUCAGCUUCAUCUGAAAGCCAUGGCAACGCUCCUCUGAGCCCAUCUUGCCAAGAAAUCCCUAUGACAGUGAUCUGAAGGCACACAAGAAACCCAAGUUGGACACAACUUAAAGGCACCCGAGAACAAAGUCACGCGUGUUCCCUUCUGAGUUUUGGGUUUACUUGGGGGGAAGCAGAGGCUGUUUCCAUGAAGCCACGAUGUCCCACCUUCCUGUGAAGAAAAAGUGCCAGCAGCCACGCAACCUUCCAGCUGACCCGCAAUAUUGUGUGCGCUUCCCUGAAGUGGUGCUCUGUCUGGUGGAGAAGAAGAUGGGCAUCAGCCGUAAAACGUUCCUCACUUCUUUGGCCCGCUGCAAGGGUUUCUGCGUGGAGGAUGCCAGCAACGAGAGAGUGACCCACGUCGUGUCGGAGGGUAACUCGGGCAAUGAGGUGGUCGAGUGGUUGAAGCGGAAGGGGAACCGUUGUGUGGACGCUUUGGGGAACGGCCUGGCCCUCCUAGAUCUCAGCUGGUUCACGGAGAGCAUGAGUGCCGGCCGGCCGGUGGAGAUUGAACCCAGGCAUCGCCUAAUGGUGACUGCCCAAGCAGAGAAGCUGGAGCCCAAAUGCCAGGUGGCGGCCUAUGCCUGCCAGCGCCGGACUCCGCUAGAGCAGAAGAAUCAGAUCCUUACGGAAGCUUUGGAAACUCUUGCAGAAGAGGCCCGUUUCUGUGGCAGCGAUGGACGCAGCCUGGCUUUCUCCAGGGCUGCCUCUGUGCUCAAGUCCUUGCCCUGGAAGGUCAGAAAAAUCCAGGAGCUGAACUCUCUUUCUUGCAUCGGAGAGCAUUCACGGAGAGUCCUCCAGGAGGUACUAGAGGAUGGUGUGUCCGCAGAAGUGGAGAGAGUCCGACAGUCUGAGAGAUACCAAACUAUGAAGCUUUUCACAAAGAUCUUUGGUGUCGGAGUAAAGACGGCCAGCCGGUGGUAUCAAGAAGGGCUGAGAACGCUGGCUGACCUGCAAGUGCAUCACGCUAAGCUGAGCAAGGAGCAGCAAGCCGGACUCCUUCAUUAUGAGGACCUCAACACCCCGGUGAAGCGCUCUGAAGCAGAGGCCAUUGCCCAAGCGGUGCGAGAAGCGGUCGAGCGAUGCUUACCUGAUGCCUCUGUGACUCUGACCGGUGGCUUUAGAAGAGGAAAGCAAAGUGGCCACGAUGUGGACUUGCUCAUGACGCACCCCAUGGAAGGCCAGGAGGUUGGACUGCUGAGUAAAGUCGUUGGGUGGCUGGAUCAGCAGGGUUCCUUGCUCUAUCACAGCAUCCACAGAAACUCUUUCCAGUCCUUCGAAGACGAAGACCAGGAGAUCGCCAGUAGUGCAAGCACCAUGGACCGUUUUGAGCGAUGUUUCUCCAUCUUCUGCCUUGGCUCUCUUCCUGAAGGCAUCCCCAAAGCUGCUUCUGAAGCCCAGGGGUCUGGUAAUUCAGUCCCGGUUUCUGGGAUGUCUAGUUCCUGGAAAGCUGUGAGGGUGGACUUAGUGGUGACCCCCUUCAGUCAGUUUCCAUAUGCUUUGCUUGGCUGGACUGGCUCAAGGAAUUUCGAAAGAGACCUCAGGCGCUUCUGCAAGCAUGAGAAGAAGAUGGUCCUCAACAGUCAUGCUCUCUAUGACACAGAGAAGAGAACAUUUUUGACUGCGGCCUCAGAGGAACACAUCUUCCAGCAUUUAGGUCUGGAGUAUAUCCCUCCAGAAGAGAGAAAUGCUUGACCCUCGCAGUGAGAAGAACCUCCUUGGUCUUCAUUGAACUCACUACCUCAUUCAAAUGAAAAAGACACACACAGGUUACUUCCUUGCACCGAACAUGGAUUGCGUUCAUCUUUUUAUGAAUUUCUUGGUCUCACUUGUUGCUGUCAAUACAUAGAGACCCUGUUAUCUUUUCCCAGAUAUUGGAGAAUGUAACCAGUUCCUGAAUGUUGCUCACAUUGCUUAUGGAAAUUUUAAAAAGCACUUUUUCCA